CGUCAUCAUGUUCCUGCAAACCAUCCUCUUCGCAAUCUGUGCGCUGGUCGGACUGACUGCUGCCCUUCCUUUGCCUAUGCCGGUUGACGUACCUGUGACUCCGACUCCCACCAAGAACUCCCCUAUCACUAAACGUGCCACUGGCGAGACUGUGACAAACACUGCCGUUGCUGUCUAUACCGUCGAUAACUCUGAUGGGCUCUCCACUGCAUCGGACAGCUACACCAUGUAUACUGGCGAUGGUACCGUUGCCGAUGGAUGGCCGGCGAUGGAUGACUGGCUCUCUUUCGAUGCCAUGUUCGAAGCCAACAGAGAGAACAUGCGAUCGUCCUGCGAGAACGAUUUCGAUCUCGCCAACAACUCCGAAGAGGAAAUGGGAUACCUCCGUGCCGCGAUCGACAAGAUUGCCGCUGAAACCUAUGUCGAUCACCGUCUGAUUCUCGCCGUCAUCAUCCAGGAGUCCGCGGGCUGUGUGCGCGUCCCUGCCACUGUGGGCAGCGUUUCCAACCCAGGUUUGAUGCAGGACCACGACGGCACCGGCACCUGCAACAACGACGGCGAUGUCAAUACUCCUUGUCCAGCUGAGGAGAUUGAGCAAAUGGUCUCUGACGGAACUGCCGGCACUGCAACCGGAGACGGAUUGGCCAACUGCCUGAACGAAGCCGACACAGACGACGUGUCUGCUUUCUACCGCGCUGCACGCAUCUAUAACUCCGGAUCGGUCGCCAGCGACGGCGACCUGGGUUCCGGAGAUGCCACUCAUUGCUAUGCCUCAGACAUUGCCAAUAGGCUGACUGGCUGGGUAGAUGCUACAUGCACCUGCACACUGGAUGACUAGUGGUUCUCCUUAACCACUGUUUCCACUUUAUACUCCUACACGUCUAGACAAAACGUGACUGCUGUCUAGAGGUGAGGAACAUUUCCAUUCAUGUAGCAAUAUUCUUUUCCUUUUUUCAAAAAAAGCGACCCUUUUGGAUAUCGUUGGAGACACCAUUGCCAC